UCAAAUCAUAAGAUCGACAACAUUCGCCGAGUGCACAUCAGCCAAGCCAAGAGCCAGAGAGCCAGAACAGCAAACAGAGUUAAAGCAAAAGCAAACAAAUUGAAAAGUAACAACAAAAUUAAAUAGUAGUGCUCAUAUUUUUCACGUAAUACCUGCGCACAAAAAAUCGACACAACACACAAGUUGCGACUAUAAUAAUUUGUUGUAAAUAAUACAAUAUAAUUUCAACAAAUUUAAAUUUUUGUUCGUGAACGCGCAUCGUUUUGACGAUUUACUAGACAUUUUGCUCGGUUUCAUAAGCGAAAAACAAACACACACAAUACAAAAAAAAAAAAGUCAGUCUGCCGUCUCAGUCAGACGCUUAUUAAUAAACAAUAAAGAACUAAAGAACAAAAGUGUUUAAUGGAUUUUAAGUGUCAGUGACUCUUCCUAUAAUACACAAAAAACUAUAGACAACAACAAAUAUCUACGCACACUCACACACAAAACACCAAUACGUAAACACGCGCCGCUGUAUAAUCAGCCAACAAAAAUAACCCAAACUGUUGGUGAUAAUAAAAGAACUUACAACAACUUCAGCAGAAGCAGCAGCACCACCACCACAACAACAACAAUAUCGACAGCAAAAGACAAAGUCAAGAGAACCAGUAUAAAGUUCAAUAUAUAUAUAAACAGCCAACAUUAAGUUGAUUUAAAUUAAACAAAGGAGCAACAGCUGAAGCAGAAGCAAAAACGACAGCAGCAGCAGCAACUCGUGGUUUUGUCAUACAAGUAUUUUUGGGUACCUUACACGGCAUACAAAUGGCAGCCUACUUGGAUCCCACUGGUCAGUACUGAGAAGCAGCGAUACAAGAAAGGAAGCUCAAACGCCAACACAAAAACUAAUUCUUUAAAAGUGUUUAAUCAAAAAUAUAAUUAAAAUGGCUGCCUAUUUGGAUCCUACUGGUCAAUAUUAAAGACUAGCAAAUACCACCAACUUCUCGAAAUUCAACUUGUUACUAAUUUGUCUUUAAUACACACAUUUGUCAUCAUGUCUCUCGCUUUGGAUCCCACUGGAACCUAUUAGAAGAAGAAGAAAACUCCAACCAAAAAUAAUCUCACAAAAGAAUUAUCAACAAGAUUUUCUCACAAAACAACACAAAAUCAAUAUGCUGGAUCCAACUGGUACAUAUCGCCGACCAAGGGAUACACAGGACACACGCCAUAAACGGCGCCUGGAUCCAACUGGACAAUAUUAGGGUAUAACAAAAACCCAUCACCGCCUUUGCCUUAUUAAAGUGACACGCACACAUAAAAUUCUGGGCAUGAUUGGGGGCGCACCUUGGUUGCGCGUACGUGGCCGCGAGGAGACUUCCAGUUGCAGACGCAGAAGAAAGUAAAUUAUUUAAAUUAUCACCUAUGCACACACACAAACACACAUACACACACACUUUGAAACUUUGUAUUUAUGUAGUUCUUUUUUGUGUAUUUUUACCUAUUAUUAUUAUGAUGAUUAUUAUUACCUAUUAUAUAUAAAUUAUUUAUUUUUAUUAUAUAUUAUUUAAAUUAAAUAUUGUUCACAAAAGUAAAAAAACAAAAAAAAAAACACAACAACAUUGUAAACAUUUGCCUAAAUGGUUUACCAUUAUUAUCCUAUUCAUUUCACAUUAUAUAUGUUAUAUAUAAAGAUAUCUUUGUUGCUAAAAAAAAGAAAAGAAAACUAUGGAAAAAGUAUUAAGUUUAGUGUCAUAUUUCAAACAAUAUUCCCUUUUUUUGCAAGGUUUUUUUUCUUCUAUUAUUAUUAUUAUAAAACUAUGCUUUUUGCCGAAUUGAGAGUAAAAGAGACGAAAGUUUUUUUCCUAACAUUUAAGUCUAAUAAGUUUAUUUAUAUAUGUCAUUCAAAAACCCACACACAUACAAACAAAAAAAAAACUCACCUAAAAUCACACAUAAAAAUAUAAUUAUUUAAAAAAAAAA